GGAGGCUAGCUGCUUCAUGUUACCGAUUCUCCACUGUAGACAUGCAUUCGCUGACUGGCAGGUCAUACAGUCUGCUAGGCUGCUGUUCCUUGUAUUGAUAAACAACUAGUCCACUGAUGGCUCUGGAGGUGUUUGUCAACUACGUUGCCUAUGAUGCUCUGUCUGACUUUACAAACGUUUACUGCAAAAAGAACCCAGCAAGCGGCUUGAAAAUGACAACUUCAUGGAGUGAUCGUCUACAAAAUGCAGCCGAUGUGCCGGCGAAUAUGGAUGGCCUAGCUAUGAAAAAAUAUCGCCGCGAGGCUUAUCACAGGGUCUUUGUGAACAGAAGUCUAGCCAUGGAAAAGAUCAAAUGCUUUGGAUUUGAUAUGGAUUAUACACUUGCUGUAUACAAGUCUCCAGAGUAUGAAUCUCUUGGCUUUGAUCUGACAGUGGAACGAUUGGUGUCUAUUGGAUACCCUCAAGAGCUUUCCAGUUUUGUUUACGACUCUACAUUCCCCACCAGGGGCUUGGUGUUUGAUACUAUGUAUGGAAAUCUCUUAAAAGUUGACGCCUAUGGCAAUAUUCUUGUCUGCGCACAUGGAUUUAACUUCAUGAGAGGGCCAGAAACAAGAGAACAAUACCCCAACAAGUUUAUUCAGAGAGAUGACACCGACCGGUUCUACAUCCUGAACACCCUGUUCAAUUUACCAGAAACCUACCUGCUGGCUUGUUUGGUAGAUUUCUUCACAAACUGUGACCGAUACAAAAGCUGUGAGAUGGGGUUUAAAGAUGGAGAUCUCUUCAUGUCCUUCCGGAGCAUGUUCCAGGAUGUCAGGGAUGCUGUUGAUUGGGUCCAUUAUAAGGGGUCACUAAAAGAGAAGACACUGGAAAAUCUGCCAAAGUAUGUUGUGAAAGAUUCGAAGCUGCCGCUGCUGCUGAGCCGCAUGUGCGAAAUGGGAAAGGUGUUCCUCGUGACAAACAGUGACUUUAAGUACACAGAGAAAAUUAUGACUUACCUGUUUGACUUUUCACAUGGACCAAAGCCUGGGGUCCCACACAGACCGUGGCAGUCCUAUUUUGAUUUAAUUUUAGUUGAUGCACGAAAGCCACUCUUCUUUGGAGAAGGAACCGUACUGCGACAAGUGGAUACUGUCACUAGCAAGUUGAAGAUUGGGACCUACACCGGUCCGUUACAGCAUGGAAUAGUCUAUUCAGGAGGUUCAUCGGACAUUUUGUGCGACCUACUUGGAGCUAAAGGCAAGGAGAUCCUCUACAUUGGUGACCACAUCUUUGGGGAUAUCCUGAAGUCCAAGAAGAGACAGGGCUGGAGAACCUUCUUGGUAAUCCCAGAGCUAGCUCAAGAGCUCCACGUGUGGACUGACAAAAGCUCUCUUUUUGAAGAACUUCAGAGUCUAGAUAUCUUUUUGUCGGAGCUUUACAAACAUCUGGACAGUAGCAGCAAUGAGCGACCUGACAUCAGCUCCAUCCAGAGGCGCAUUAAGAAAGUUACCCAUGAUAUGGACAUGUGCUAUGGCAUGAUGGGAAGUCUGUUCCGCAGCGGGUCUCGGCAGACUUUGUUUGCAAGUCAGGUGAUGCGCUACGCUGACCUUUAUGCUUCCUCAUUCAUCAAUCUUCUAUAUUACCCAUUCAGCUACCUCUUCAGAGCUGCACAUGUAUUGAUGCCCCAUGAAUCGACUGUCGAGCACAUUCACAUGGACCUUAACGAAUCCGAGUCGCCAAUGGCCACGCGUAACCGCUCCUCUCUUGAUUUCAAGGAUUCUGACUUCAAGCGCCAUCAUUUGACCCGCUCCAUCAGUGAGAUCAAACCCCCCAAUCUCUUCCCUCAAACUCCCCAGGAAAUCACACACUGCCACGAUGAAGACGAUGACGAAGAGGAGGAGGAGGAGGAGGAAGAAGAAGAGGAGGAGGAGGAAUAAAAUGGUUAAAAAGAAAAUUGAUCAUACGGAACAGCAAAUCAUUACGGCAGUGUUGUAACAACAAAAACAAAAGGAAAUCACUGUAGUGUUUCACUUGGAAGAUAUUCCGCCCGUGAGACAUGUAGCGUUUUAUUGGACCUAAACAAAUACUAUCUGCAUUAUUUUAUUUUGUUCUCUUUGUUGUUGUGUUCCCGUCCAAGAUUUAUAAAUGCAAAACAACACUUACACUUAAUUAUUUUAACUUUGUACACAUUUAUGCAAGUGUACUAUAAGUGCAACAUGUCUCCUUUGUGAGAGACGGUAUUUACUUUUGAUGUUUAUUUCUCUGGUAUGUUUACUGUUAAUCCUUUUGCAUUUCUAGAAAUCAGAGAAUGCGUUCAAUGGUUUGGACAGAGGGUGUUACAGUCUUCUCCAUCACUGAAAAGGUUACCGUAAUCGCGAAUACUUCCUGCCUUGUAGAUUCCAGAAAAAAAAUAUUCUGAAAUCUUAUCAGACCGCAGUGUGGGAUAGACUCUUUCAGAUCAGUCUCUGAAUAUGCUGUAAUUUUGACAGUGCAUGGAUGCAGGAGAGGACAUCUUUAAAAUAGGCAUCUGAAUUGAUCUAUAAUCCAUAUUAUAAAUAGCAACGUUUUUAUUCUGUAUUAUUUGAACUCAACUGUUGUGAUUUUUUUUUUUCUUGUUUAAAGAAAAGCACAGUUUUUUGCAAAGUAAACAAAAAUGAAAAUUCCA